AAAAAAGUUUACACACCCCAUACAAUUAUGGCAGACAUGCAAAGAAUUCAUGGAAUCGUGAUGUCUUAUAAAAAAGCUUGGCAUGCAAGGGAAAUUGCAAUUCGAUUGGCUCGGGGAUCAGAAAAGGACUCUUACAAGAGGCUACCAUCUUUGUGCCAUAUGCUGGACCAAGCAAACACAGGCAGCCCGGGCUGGUUCGGUGUACGAAUGUGAAGAGUACCUAUCCAUGCUUGAUUACGAUGACCCGGAAAUUCGAAGAUACUUGGAGCGAAUUGGUUAUGACAAGUGGUCUCGUGCAUACGCUAGCCGCAAUAGAUAUUCAGUCAUGAUGUCCAAUAAUGCAGAGUCUUUGAAUGCUGUUGUUGUCACUGCUCGUGAGUAUCCCAUUUGCAAGUUGAUAGAAUUUAUUGUCGGCACAAUGCAGAAAUGGUUUUGUGAUCGUAGAGAAGCUGCUGCAGCCAAUGAAUCUCGGUUAUCUGCCCAUUUUGAAUCCCAGUUGAUACUGUCUCAAGCUAAUGCAGCUGUAAUGCAG